AGUAAAAGAAACACUAAAAGAAACAGCAAAAGUAAAAGAAAACCAAACGAAAUGCUGAAACUUCUGGUGACGAUGCUGCUGGCAGCUCUGCUCACCCGCCGCACUUUGGCCAUUUCGUGCGGCGGCUGCGUGGACUUGGAUGAGAUCAACUUUGACAAGACCAUUGUGCGCUUUCCCUAUGCGCUGGUCAAAUUCGACAUUGCCUUUCCGUAUGGGGAGAAGCAUGAGGCGUUCGCGGAGUUCUCGAAGGCGGCGCAUAAGGUGACGGCCGAGCUGCUGGUGGCCACCGUGGGCAUCAAGGACUAUGGCGAGCAGGAGAACAAGGCGCUGGGCGACCGUUUCAAGCUGAAUGAAAAACAAUUUCCAGGCAUUUUCCUGUUCAAGGGCAACGUCGAUGAGUUUGUGAAAUUUCCAGCCCAUCUGGAUGUUACGCUCGACAACCUGAAGACGUUUGUGAGCAGCAAUACGCCGCUCUACAUUGGCUGCGAGGGCUGCCUGAAGGAGUUCAACGAGGCCCUCAAGAACUAUGCCAACCGGCCGCAUGACGAGCAGCUGGCGCUGAUCAAGGAGCUGCAGGCCAAGGCAGAGAAGUUGAGCAACAAGUUCAGUGAGCAGCAGAACGCCAAGGUGUAUCUGGUCUAUAUGCAAAAAAUCAAUGAGCUUGGCUACAGCUUUGUCGAGGAGGAGACCAAACGUUUGCAGCGCCUCAAGGCCGGCAAGGUGACGGCUGCCAAAAAGGUGGAACUGCAGCACCGGCUCAACAUUUUGGACGCCUUCCGAGUGCACAAGCUGACCAAAGCAGCGCCAGAGAAGGCCAAGGCAGAGCUGUAGGUGGCACAACUAGACAAUUAUCUUCCUAGAGAAAGUACCAAAAUUCAUACUUCUUAAACAUAAAAUAGGCACCCAAUUGUGUACAUUAAAAACCUAACUGUUACCAAAA